CAGGUCGAGGCCCCCCCGCCCUCCUCUCCCAUAAUCCCUGUGAUCCCAGUCUCGCCAAUUGCAGCCGAGUCCACAACCAACAUCCCACCGACGUCACAGGCCAACCCCCCCCCUGUGGUGGUCAACACAGACAGCCUGGACACGCCUCCUUAUGUGAACGGGACGGAGGCUGACUAUGAGUACGAGGAGAUCACGUUGGAGAGGGGGAACUCAGGGCUGGGCUUCAGCAUCGCCGGCGGGACGGACAACCCCCACAUUGGUGAAGACCCCAGCAUCUUCAUCACCAAAGUCAUACCUGGAGGAGCGGCUGCACAGGACGGGCGGCUCAGGGUGAACGAUGUGAUCCUGAGAGUGAACGAGGCCGACGUCCGGGAUGUGACCCACAGCCGAGCCGUGGAGGCUCUGAAGGAGGCGGGCUCUCUGGUCCGGCUCUACGUACGCAGGAGGAAACCGGUCUCGGAGAAAGUGAUGGAGAUCAAACUGGUGAAAGGACCCAAAGGUCUUGGCUUCAGUAUAGCAGGCGGAGUGGGGAACCAGCACAUCCCGGGCGACAACAGCAUCUACGUCACCAAGGUCAUCGAAGGAGGAGCCGCACAUAAAGACGGGAGGCUGCAGAUCGGAGACAAACUGCUGGCUGUGAACAGUGCUUGCCUGGAGGAGGUGAGCCACGAACACGCCGUCACUGCCUUGAAAAACACUCCUGACGUGGUCUACUUGAAAGUGGCUAAACCCAACAGUGUCUUCAUGAACGACAGCUUCGCCCCGCCCGACCUCACCAACUCGUACUCUCAGCACAUGGAGAACCAUAUCAGCCCCCCCAACUUCCUGGGUCAGCCCCUCCCCCCGCCGGCCUCCUCGGGACGCUACUCCCCGACCCCGAAGAGCAUGCUGGGAGAAGAUGAUGUCACACGGGAGCCCAGGAAGGUGGUGCUGCACAGAGGAGCGACGGGUCUGGGCUUCAACAUCGUGGGCGGAGAGGACGGAGAGGGGAUCUUCAUCUCCUUCAUCCUGGCAGGAGGACCAGCUGACCUCUGUGGAGAGCUGAGGAAAGGAGACAGACUGGUGUCUGUGAACGGCGUUGACCUCCGUAACGCCACUCACGAACAGGCUGCAGCCGCCCUGAAGAACGCCGGGCAGACGGUGACCAUCAUCGCCCACUACAGACCAGAGGAGUACAGCAGGUUCGAGGCGAAGAUCCACGACCUGCGGGAGCAGAUGAUGAACAGCAGCAUCAGUUCAGGUUCUGGAUCCUUACGGACGAGUCAGAAGAGGUCGCUUUACGUCAGAGCUCUGUUUGACUACGAUAAGACUCGGGACUCGGGUCUGCCGAGUCAGGGACUCAACUUCAAGUUCGGGGACAUCCUUCACGUGGUGAACGCCUCCGACGACGAGUGGUGGCAGGCCCGACAGCUGACGUCUCAGGGGGAGGUGGAGGAGGUGGGGGUGAUCCCCAGCAAGAGACGGGUGGAGAAGAAGGAGAGAGCGAGAUUAAAGACGGUGAAGUUCAACUCGAAGUCUCGAGACAGAGGGGUGAGUGUUUCAUUUCAGUUCUGCUCCUCUGCGUCAGCAUCAGAUACCUGAAUCAGCUCAGCCAGGUGUGUAACACAAAGGUUCUCCUCCCAUGAUGCCUUGCAUGAAUUCAUUGUGUUACUUGAAGAUACUCCAGCUGCAGGAUUUCUGCAGGUGUCUUCAUCUGUCGCCUUCUGAAGUUCAGAGCGAUGGAAGGACAAGCUGAAGCAUCGGCCUAUUAAAGGAGCAGUAUGUAACUCUGACCCCUAGUGUUUAAAAUGGGUACUGCA